AUGGGUAUAAUGUUUGGACAUGGUAAUGGAAGUUUUGGUGAUAUUAUGAAGUUUUACACAGCAGCUACACGGACAUAUUCUGCAAUAGUUGUUGUUGAUUUUAACGAUGAUAGUCAUUUGGAUAUUGUAUUUUACAGAUAUGAUCCUGAGAGUGUAGAUAUUCUACUUGGAGAUGGAAAAGGUCAAAGACAAACUCUAUUUUCAGUGGAAAUUUGUUAUGAUGUAGCACCACUACUUGUCGGUGAUUUCAACGGUGAUGGCGACCAAGAUAUAAUUAGUAUAGUGCUAGAUCCGCCUUCUUUCAAUGUUCUUUUGAAUACAUCUGGCUGUUGUACGGCUCAAUAA